AUGGUCGACACCGAAGAUCAAACGAGGAGUCCCGCAGACUCAGCUGCAGGUGAUGAUGGAGGCCAUUCAGGCACAGCUAAAGGCACCACCGCCAAGGACAAAGAAUGCCAAUACUGCCACCAAGCUUUCACAUCCUCCUCGCUCGGACGACAUCUCGACCAAUACCUCUUCAAGAAGAAGCCCGACGGAAUUCACGACGUCGAAGAAAUUCGUCGAAUCCGCAGUAGUAUAACUCGGCGACAGGCGCGCACCUCUGCCAAACAUGAAAGCCCAGACAUAGGCUCGCGCAAAGGUCAUAACGACUCUCCGAGUGGUAGCGCUCACGAGCCCCCCGCGCGCCCGCGAGAAGGGCCUCGAUUUCUUUUCAACACACCUUCUUGGCAUGCUACGGGCGUAAUAAACAACCUUUCCGAAAGCGCUUCGCAAGAUGUAGCCAAUUCCUCGCGCGCUCCCGUGUCUCAUUCACCUGGUUCGUUGGAUUAUACAGGUCGAAACUCGAAGACCAAAGAUGCGGAUACUGUCAGAGCAUUGGAGUUAGCGUUACAAGAGGUUUUGGAUAAUAUCAAAGCUGCGACAAGCACAACCCGCCCUCGACUGUCGCCUUUUGAAUUCGAUGUCCAGGCCGAAACCUUUCCCUCACUUGUCCUCAAACUACUCCCUCCUCCUCCGACACUAUUUUCAGUUCAGCCUUUUCCAACUAGCACAUCAUUCCCGUUGGAUCCUCCUAAUGCAGGCCAAGCCGAUCUCGUCCGUCAUGCCCUCAAAGCGCACAUCGAAAAGUGGCGUAAUGAACAACUAAGCAUGUCAAAUAUGAACCAGGCCGGUAGUCGAACAAAGAACAGCCAUGUCAAUGAGCCCCAGAUGAUAAAUGCAACAGCCCAGCAACAUGACGAGAUCAGUUCGCGGCACCUCGACUUGGCCUAUCAGAAUUGGAUGAUGUUGUCUUUAGAAGUCAAGAAAAACACUUGGCAGUUGGAGCUCACAAGGGCCUUUGUGCGCGAGUCAGAAAAGCGGAAAGAUCUAGAGGCCCAACUCCACAGGGUGCAGCAAGAAGCCGAAAAGCUGCGAGCGCAAAAUGAGAGGCUAAGCUCUUGCCAAUGGCCGCGCGAAUUUGCGCUGUUCCCGCCAGAUACGCUGCCAUUACCGCGUGAUGCAGCUCGUGAGCUAGACGCGAUGGACCACAGCUUUACUAGCCCCGAUUCUUCACGGUGGGAUUACGACCAGCUAGUUGCGAAAUGGAAGCGUGUUGUGAUGCACGACAAAAGCAUGGGACGAGUCGGGGCUCCCUCGUAUAGAGGCCUUGAUGAACCAACUCCAGAAUCCACCAUACGCCCUAAACUGAAUGCUCCAGGCGCCGAAAACCAUAGCGAAUUCCCAUCAUUCGGAUAUGUUGCGCCAACAACGACGACUUCGGCUAAUAUACCCACCCAACACACGUCGCCGUACGAUGCUGCGCACCAGGCAGCGAAACGACAACGACUGAUGAACGGGGCCGCGAAAGAUGUCGGCCCUGUUGCAGAGAAUGAUCAUUACAGGACUAGUCCACAGCUCGCGAAUGGGACCGCCACGGGAUGGAGUCCGGCUUCUGUACAGUCACUUUUGACGUCGAGCAAUCCAUCGUCUACUUCAGUUCCUGCAAAUAGCAAUCGAUAUGGCCCUCCUUGA